CCUGUUUGGGCCUGCAGGCAGCCACAGAGCUGGCAGGCAGGAGCUGCAAGAUUCUUCUCUCUCAGGGGCCCCUGAUUGAAGGGGGAGCCUGUCAGAAAGGAGCCCGGGUCUGAUGCAGCAGAGCCUGUUUUAUUGCUCUGAAGUUCUUCGCCCUUAUAAGACGCUCUCUCCACCUGCCACAUCUGACUCCAGCCUGGCCAGCUCCACCCUUUGCUUCUACAAGACUUUGACCCUCACUGAGAACUGCUGAGCCUGGGAGGGUAAAGAUGUACUCCUUUCAGGAACCCGUGAGUAGGUCGACAUUAAAGGACAGAUUGAAAAUUGCAGCUUCAGCUGGAAGACCAUCCAGGGCCACAUAAAGUGAAGCUGAUAGAAGAAAGGGCCCUGCAAUCAGAAGAAGCCCAGCCAGACCCGACCCGACCCGACCCCCGCCCGGAACGCCAUGGGCCCUCAGUGCCGCAGCCUCAACGCGCUCCUGCUGCUGCUGCAGGUCUCAUCAUGGCUCUGCCAGGAGCCGGAGCCCGAGCCCUGCCGUCCCGGCUUUGGCGCUGAGAGCUACACGUUCAUCGUGCCGCGGCGGCACUUGGAGAGAGGCAGAGUCCUGGGCAGAGUGAGUUUUGAUGGAUGCACUGGUCAACCAAGGUCAGUCUUUAUUUCCGAUGACACCAGAUUCAAAGUGGGCACAGAUGGUGUGCUUAAGGUCAAACGGCCUCUACAACUUCGUAAUCCUGAGAUGAGUUUUCUUGUCCAUGCCUGGGACUCCACCCGCAGGAAGCUCUCCACCAAAGUGACGCUGAAGGCAGCAGAACACCACCACCACAACCACCACCGUCAUCAUGAUUCCCUCUCUGGAACCCAGACAGAAGUGCUCACAUUUCCUGACUCCCACCAUGGUCUCAGAAGACAGAAGAGAGACUGGGUUAUUCCUCCUAUCACCUGCCCAGAAAAUCAGAAAGGCCCAUUUCCUAAGAACCUGGUUCAGAUCAAAUCUAACAGGGAGAAAGAAACACAGGUUUUCUACAGUAUCACCGGCCAAGGAGCUGACGCGCCCCCUGUUGGUGUGUUUAUUAUCGAAAGAGAAACAGGAUGGCUAAAGGUGACGGAACCUCUGGAUAGAGAAGCAAUUGCCCAGUACAUCCUCUUCUCUCAUGCUGUAUCUUCAAACGGGAAAGCAGUCGAAGACCCGAUGGAGAUAGUGGUCACGGUGACAGAUCAGAAUGACAAUAGGCCGGAGUUCACCCAGGAGGUCUUUAAAGGCUCUGUCAUGGAAGGUGCUGUCCCAGGAACCUCCGUGAUGCAGGUCUCGGCUACCGACGCAGAUGAUGAAGUGAACACCUACAACGCCGCCAUCGCUUACAGCAUCAUCAGCCAAGAGCCUGAGCUGCCUCAUGACAAAAUGUUCACCAUCAACAGGGACACAGGAGUCAUUAGCGUGCUCACUACUGGGCUGGAUCGUGAGAGUUUCCCCACGUACACCUUGGUGGUUGUAGCUGCUGACCUUCAAGGUGAAGGCUUAAGCACAAGCGCUACAGCUGUGAUCACGGUCACUGACAUCAACGACAACCCUCCCAUCUUCAACCCGACCACGUACCAUGGUGAAGUUCCUGAGAAUGAAGCUAAUGUUGCAAUCACUACGCUCAAAGUGACUGAUGCCGAUGUCCCCAAUACCCCAGCGUGGGAGGCCGUGUACACCAUAUUAAAUGACAAUGAGGAGCAAUUUGUUGUCACCACAGACCCAGUAACCAACGAUGGCAUUUUGAAAACGGCUAAGGGCUUGGAUUUUGAGGCCAAGCAGCAGUACAUUCUCUACGUGGCAGUGAAGAACGUGGCCCCCUUUGAGGUCACUCUGUCCACCUCCACAGCCACCAUCACAGUGGAUGUGCUGGACGUGAACGAAGCCCCCAUCUUCAUGCCUCCCCAAAAGAGAGUGGAGGUGCCCGAAGACUUUCCAGUGGGAAUGGAAAUCACAUCUUACACUGCCCAGGAGCCGGACACAUUUAUGGAACAGAAGAUAACGUAUCGGAUUUGGAGGGACACUGCAAACUGGCUGGAGGUUAAUCCAGACACUGGCGCCAUUUCCACUCGGGCUGAGAUGGACAGAGAGGACGUCAACCAUGUGAAGAACAGCACGUACACGGCCCUCAUCAUAGCCACUGACAAUGGUUCUCCAGUUGCGACUGGAACGGGAACCCUUCUCCUGAUCCUCUCUGAUGUGAACGACAAUGCCCCUAUACCAAAUCCUCGAGUAAUGGACUUCUGCCAGAAGAAUCCACAGCCUCAUAUCAUCAACAUCACUGAUCCAGAUCUUCCCCCCAACACAUCUCCCUUCGUUGCAGAACUAACACAUGGGGCAAGUGUCAACUGGACCAUUGAGUAUAAUGACCCAGAACAUGAAUCUAUCAUUUUGAAACCAAAGAAAACCUUAGAUUUGGGUCCCUACAAAAUAAAUCUCAAGCUCGCAGAUAACCAGAACAAAGACCAGGUGACCACCUUAGAUGUGUACGUGUGUGACUGUGAAGGGGCCACCAACGGCUGUAAGAAGGACAUAGCUUAUGCCACCGCAGGAUUGCAGGUUCCUGCCAUUCUGGGGAUUCUUGGAGGCAUCCUUGCUUUGCUAAUCUUGAUUCUGCUGCUUCUGCUGUUUGUUCGGAGGAGACGGGUGGUCAAAGAGCCCUUACUGCCCCCAGAAGACGACACUCGGGACAAUGUUUAUUACUACGAUGAAGAAGGAGGUGGAGAAGAGGACCAGGACUUUGACUUGAGCCAGUUGCACAGAGGUCUGGAUGCUCGGCCCGAAGUGACUCGCAAUGAUGUGGCACCGACCCUCCUGAGUGUGCCCCAGUAUCGGCCCCGCCCUGCCAAUCCUGAUGAAAUUGGAAACUUUAUUGAUGAAAACUUGAAGGCAGCUGAUAGUGACCCCACUGCUCCCCCGUAUGACUCUCUGCUCGUGUUUGAUUACGAAGGAAGUGGUUCCGAAGCUGCUAGUCUGAGCUCCCUGAACUCCUCGGAAUCAGACCAAGACCAGGACUACGACUACCUGAAUGAAUGGGGCAAUCGCUUCAAGAAGUUGGCAGAUAUGUAUGGAGGUGGCGAGGAUGACUAGGGGACUCGAGACAGAUGAUGGGGAGAAAGAUGGGUCCCCUAUACUCACAUGAUGGGAAAUGUAGGAAUUUUUCUGGUGGUUUUGCAGCUCCCUUCAUCUGAGAUGAAUCUCUGGAGAAGAGAGACUGUGAUCGGUGAUGUAGUUAAGAUAGUUAUAAUUUUUCACUUUAUAGAUCUAAUCUGCAUGUGUUAGAAAGAUUUUGACUUAUUCCCUGAAUCCUUCUUACAUAACUCAACAUGUGAUGAUGUCCGAAAGACCUCCAAAUUAUAUUUCAAAAGAGUAGCUUCAGCCUCAGAACUUGCAACUUGCAGAUUUUCUUAAGGGCUUUGUUUCAUUUUUAACAGAAAGAGGAGAGGUCAACUGCCCUGUUGUUUUGUAUAUGUAUAUAAAAUUUAUUUUUAAUUCGUGUGCUUUUUUUAUCCUAUGAAUCCUUUGACUACACUGGUGUCCUGUGUUCCAAUGUCCACUCUUGCUCCUUCUGAAUUUACACUGCUCCAGACAAGAGUUCUCUGAUUCAGAAAUUAUUGGGCCCUUUUAGCAUCUUAGUCUGGCCAUAUCUUGACUAGAUAUUGUGUACUCUUAAGACCUUUAAUGGUUUUCUUUUUUCAUCUCCCCAGUAUGUAACUUGAAAUGGGCAUCUAUCCAUUUACUUGUUCUGAGUAAGAAUGUUUGUUAUGUGAAUGUCAUUGUGGGGUACUUUGGUUCUAAAUAGGAGCCUUAACCAGAAAAGGUGGUGAGUUUUCAGGCACCACUUUAGUUUUAAUGUUUAUUACUAAAACAAGAGAAAGAGUGAUAUAUUUCAAGACUCAAAAUAGUGCCUAAAGUGUUGCAGCCAAAGAGAAGAUUGCAUAUCACAGAGGGGGAAUAUGAAAAGUGGGCUUGGAGAUGGCAGGAGAAAUUGUCACUGAGCCUGGCAAUUUAACAAACUGAGGCUGAGAAUGGUUGAGACGGCUCUACCUCUAGCCCUGACGAUUCUGGAAGAAUGGAAGAAUCUCAACAUGUGUUUUCUACCAGGAUCUUUAUAUCAUGGUUUGUACCUAAAGCCCAGAAUCGUGAACUGCCUGCUUUUGUUGAUGGCUACAGAAAAUACUGGCUGAUCUGGACACAUUUACCCCACAUUCCAAGUAUCAUAGAAGACAGACUAUUAGAAAAUCCAAACUUUGUCUUAGGAGCAGGGGAGGGUGGGGGUAAGAAGAACCUCAAUUUGGAUCUUCUUUUAGUUGAAAUGCAACUAUCAAGAACCUUUUGGCACCCAAAAGAAGUUUAUCUAAAUUGCUUUACUGUCUGUCAACUGUUUUUUGAGGAAAAUAAUCAUCCCUGCAAUCACUUCUUGGAAUUGUCUUGAUUUUUCAGCAAUUUAAAGUAUACCUAAUAUUCUAUUUAGAGACUGUCACUAUAGUUUUGAGUGUAUAUGUGUGCGGGUGCUGAUAAUUUUGUAUUUUCUUUGGGGAUGGAAAAGAAAAACAAU